AUGAAGGAAGGAGAAAAUGUUGCGCAUGUACUUAGUGAUACAUCAACCAGCGACGAAGAAGACGUAAUAGUGUCAGUUGGAAAUGUUCACUACGAUGAAAAAGAUAUCGAUAACGAAAAUGAUAAUGGCCAAGAUGGUGAUGUAAAUGAUCGCACCAAAGAAACAGCAAUCGAUUACUUAGACUGUGGUUUGUGGCCAAUUCAUCGCAACAUUCAAUUUGUUGAUUAUGUAAUUAAUAUAGGUGCAAUACAAGUGAAUUUGGACACAUAUCCACGCGAUAAUAGAAGACGACAUUUUUCAAAUGCUUAUUACAACCGAAAACUUUCAAAUGGUGAGGUUAUUUCACGACGUUGGCUUGUGUACUCAGUUUCUAAAGAUGCGUUAAAUGGAAAUGGAUUCAAUAAAUGGAAGAAUUUAACAGAAGCAUUAAAAAUUCACGAAAAUAGUAAGUCACACAGAAUUGCUUAUCAACAAUGGAUUGAGACAGAAAUACGAAUGAAAGCUGGUGAAACUAUUGAUAAACAAGAACAAAAACUAAUCGAAAAGGUGGCGAAGUGUUCUUGA